AUGGUCUGCAUGGAGCAAGAGGCUAUUAGCUUCUUGGUGGCUACACUGAGCGGCGCCGUGUGCCAUUGUGAGCCCAUUUGGAGGGUGAUGUUUCCAGAAGAUGAGACGAACCCAGAUGCCAGAAUUUGGGAGGGUCUGCGGCACAUGUGCCCGGCUCCGAAAAGCAGCAGGAUACAAUGCACGUUGUACGGCACCCGGCCAAUUGUAGCCCAGGCCCUAACUGUGUCUCGAGUCUAUGGAACCUGGCUAGGUCUGCUGCUGUGCAUGGUCGGGGAUAAAUGUAUCACGGCUGUGAAGUACUGGAAUAUUGAAGCUGAGAUCAUGAGGACAGCCAGUGUGAUAUUCCUCGGUAUUGGCUUUCUGGUGCUGAUGUCUCUGUCCUGGGUGGCACACAACAUCAGCCAUGGCUUCUCCAACCCACUGUUGGGCUCCAUGAAGAAAACAGAAAUGGGUGCCUCACUCUGCCUGACCAGUUCGCUGCGCUGUUGCUCGGAGCACUGUGCUACAUUUCGGCUGCCCACCAUGCAGGGUCUGCCUCUUUUUCACUGUGGACUCUGUGGGCAGAUGGUCAGGAGCCAACAGCAAAACAUCAGGGCCACCGUGGUCAUCUGCACCAUUGUCACAGGGUUGAUUUUGUUGCUGUGGGCGAUUGGAGACAAGUUCAGCGAGCGGAGCUUGAAUGAGAAUCUGGAUUGA